CGCUGCUCACGUGUCUCCGCAGCCGGCCCGGGCUCCAAGCACCGCAGGUAGAGUUUGAGAAAGAAGAAACUGGGGGCAGAGAGGGAAGUGAGGAGAAUCAGAUCCCAGAUCUUUGGGGAGAAGGAGCUGUAAGGAGCAGCUGUCCCUCCACCAAAGCCAGAGGGGUGGAAAGAGCAGGGCUCUCUCUGGAGCUACGCUGGAAACUUGGGAAACCUAAACUGCCUCCACUGCUCACUGCUUUGAUUUUUUGCUGAGUUGCUGGCUGGGUGGCAGGUUGCACAAGAGGAAGAAGCCCUGUGGCAUCUGACUGAUCUUUCUGGACUUGGAGCCAGCAGGGAGACAUUUCCCCUGGAGCUGUGUCCCUUGGUUGCAUGCUUGGUGACAGAUGUCUGAGAGUACCCAAACUCCCCCUUUUCUAACGAGUUUAAGGCUCCCAACUUUGUUCAGCCAUCACAGGAGGAGCAAUGGCAAGCAUCUGACUACCCAAGAGGCCUUGCUAGCCAUUCUAAACCCCCCAGUGUGCUGGGGGCAUUGGAGGGGAUGCCCCUGUGAUGGGCAGUGGUUAGGUCAGGCAUGUGGGGAGAAAAGUAAGAAUUGGCCUAAAUUUUGAAGGGCUUUGAAAGCUCCACAGAAUUUAGACUCUGGAGGGAGGUAUGCUGGGCUGUAAGAAACUGAAAUACCCACAGUUCUGGGUGAGGAUUGUUCUUGUGACCCUGUGGUGUAGAAACAAAUUAGGAAGCCAGACAGAUCUGGAUCUAAAUCCUGCUUUGCAACUUGCUACUGUGUGACCCUGGAUGAGUGAUCUGAUCUCUCUGAACCUUAUGACCACUGUCAUAAGGAAUGAAUGAGAUAAGAUAUGUCCAUGACACUCCUGCCCGAUGCAUGGCCUCUAGUGCUGACAUAUCAGUACCCCUCUCUUCUGUGUUUAUGUCUUAUUUACCUGAUAGGUCUGUAGGCCUGAAGCAGGCAGGAAUUACAUCUGACACACUUCUGUCUCUGCCAUCACACUGUGGCACCCAGUGCAGUGUUCUGCACACAGGCACACCCGGGUUUGGAUCUCAGCCAUCUGAUCUUGGGAAAGUUGUUUCACCUUUCUGUGUGUCUCUUGGGAUAACAGUAGUACCUGCCUUUCCCAUCUAGGUUGAGGAGAGCCAGAGCCCACAGGCCUCCUAGGAUAACAGCCCCAAACAGGCUGGUGGCACCCUCCAGCUGAACGUGUUCCCUCAGCUCCCCAGGGCAUGUGGUCCUGAGACAGAACCCACAGACCCUGCAGGAACAAGACUCCCAGGGCCAUGGCCCAGGUCAGCAUCAACAGUGACCUUGGCGAGUGGGGCUUAAGCACAGACUCCGGGGAGCGUGCCCGUCUGCUGCAGAGUCCCUCUGUGGACAUAGCCCCCAAGAGUGAGGGGGAGGCCCCUCCUGGGGGUCUGGGCAGAGGCACCACUUCCACACUUGGAGCCAUCUUCAUCGUUGUCAACGCCUGCCUGGGCGCAGGGCUGCUCAACUUCCCAGCAGCCUUCAGCACUGCCGGGGGAGUGGCAGCUGGCAUCACGCUGCAGAUGGCCAUGCUGGUUUUCAUCAUCAGUGGCCUCGUCAUCCUGGCCUACUGCUCCCAGGCCAGCAAUGAGAGGACCUACCAGGAGGUGGUGUGGGCUGUGUGUGGCAAGCUGACGGGCGUGCUGUGUGAGGUGGCCAUUGCCACCUACACCUUCGGGACCUGCAUCGCCUUCCUCAUCAUCAUCGGGGACCAGCAGGACAAGAUUAUAGCUGUGAUGGCAAAGGAGCCUGAGGGGGCCGGCGGCAGCCCCUGGUACACAGACCGCAAGUUCACCAUCAGCCUCACUGCCUUCCUCUUCAUCCUGCCCCUUUCCAUCCCCAGGGAGAUCGGCUUCCAGAAAUAUGCCAGCUUCCUGAGCGUCGUGGGCACCUGGUAUGUCACUGCCAUCAUUAUCAUCAAAUACAUCUGGCCUGAUAAAGAGAUGACCCCAGCGGACAUCCUGAACAGGCCAGCUUCCUGGAUAGCCGUGUUCAAUGCCAUGCCCACCAUCUGCUUCGGAUUUCAGUGCCACGUGAGCAGUGUACCCGUCUUCAACAGCAUGCAGCAGCCUGAGGUGAAGACCUGGGGUGGGGUGGUGACAGCCGCCAUGGUCAUAGCCCUCGCUGUCUACAUGGGCACAGGCAUCUGUGGCUUCCUGACCUUUGGAGCUGCUGUGGACCCCGACGUGCUCCUGUCCUACCCGUCGGAGGACAUGGCUGUGGCCGUCGCCCGCGCCUUCAUCAUCCUGAGCGUGCUGACCUCCUACCCCAUCCUGCACUUCUGUGGGCGGGCGGUGGUCGAAGGCCUGUGGCUGCGCUACCAGGGGAUGCCGGUGGAGGAGGACGUGGGGCGGGAGCGGCGGCGGCGAGUACUGCAGACGCUGGUCUGGUUCCUGCUCACCCUGCUGCUGGCGCUCUUCAUCCCUGACAUCGGCAAGGUCAUCUCGGUCAUUGGAGGCCUGGCCGCCUGCUUCAUCUUCGUCUUCCCAGCUGGUGGGCGAUGGUCAGUUACGGAGUCCUCUUGGUCACCCUGGGAGCCUUCAUCUUCGGGCAGACCACAGCCAACGCCAUUUUUGUGGAUCUCUUGGCAUAACCACUGCCUCCCAGGGAAUUCUUGGCCUUUGCUAUUGGACCCUGGAACCCAUCUCGUAGAGCUUCAGGACCACCCUGAGUCCGGCAUCAUUCCCCUCUACUGGUGGGAUGACAUCUGGACAUCCUUUUCCAGGGACAGUUCUGGGGUGAAAUCAGGCCCCACACCCCUGGACAGCUCAAACCCAGCUCCCUUCCUGCCCCCGCAUCCUGGCAGUGCCAUGGAUGGUAGGAGAGGAGGUCUCGUGUCACAGAAUAACCUUCCCCCCUCUUCCACCUCUCAACUUCUCCAUGCCUGGAAGCCAUGGGUGAAGAGAGUCGGUAGGUCUUGGAAGGAACAACUCAGCCUGACUUCCCUCUGGAGAAAGAGUGUGGACCAAGGGCUGCCAUCCUCCACAGAGAAGCCUGCCCUGGGUAGGGGCUGUGCUCAUUACCCCGGGACUCAGUGCCUGCUCCGGUCUGUCGGCAGCCCAGCCAGCAGUGGCUUCCUCCGGCAAGUUCCAAAGGUAGCACUGAAGUCAUACAGGUGCGCCGAGGCAGGCAGACUGAUGCCUUGUCCACUGCCUCCUGGGCCUGCGGUGAGCCUGAGAGCCCUCUUGCCCAUAGCUGGUUGACAUUUCCCAAGCCUUUUGGGGCCUCGCCCUGUCUUUUUACCCAGACCUGAUGGUCCAGGCACCCCUCUGCUCCUCCACCCCCAGACAUCACCAAGUCUAAUGUUUACAAACGGCGCCAGCCCAGCUCUGAGCCAGGGGCCAGGGGCCGUCCCGUGCCACGGUGCUGUGAGUAGGCCUCCCUUAACUUUCCCCAAGGCGGGGAGUGUGCUUUUCUCUCUCAGACCCCUGAUGGGUCCCUCUUUUCAGAGGCACAAGGGUGGGUGAGGGAGCAUGCUGGGGACCCCAUACAGGCUGGGCUGGUGAGGAUCAAGGUGAACCUGUCUGGCAUCUUCACUUUGAAUGGCUGCUUCUCUUCUCCCUGCCCUGCACGUCCCCCCCUUCCCUGCCAACCCAGCCUGGUACCCUGGAGACAAGAAAGGCAGCUGAGUGGCCACUGACGGGGCAACAUCUGAGUGUAGUCACGCCAGCCUAAAAGUUUCCCUUCCAGUGUGGAUCUUGUCUGCUCCUGUCCCCCAUCACCUCUUCACCACCACCCCAUUUUUCUAUGUAGCUCAGUCUCUCCUGUUCAUAUAAGUAUGGGGGUGGGGGUGCACCAAACCCUCUCUCGUCCACUUCCUCAGCUCCACACGUCUACCAGGCCUGGCCUCGGAGGCCUGUCGGUCACACUGAGGUCACGCCUACGUUGUGCCCCGGGGUGGGCGAGGAAGGAUAUUCUCCCCUUUCAUAUUUUGAACACAUUGGCCACUCACUUAGGCCAACCCUAGGCACCGUAUCAGGCUUCCUCUGCCUGGAACACCCAGCAUUUUCCCUGGCCCCUCGUGCCUAAAACCGCUGAAUGCAGUGGUGGGGUGAGAGGGAUCCCUGCCCUCUGGGCCGUGAGACAGAAGAAGCAGAGCCUGGUUGGGGCCAAAUAGGCUUCUGCUCAGACCCCCGGACUGGGUGACCUGCCUUUCCUCACGUUCCCUGGGGGCCAGACCCACGUGGCCGUUUUCUCAGUCUGCUGCACAGCACCAGGCCCUGCCAGUGCCCACCCCGGAUACAGUUAGGAGGACGGCCCAUCAUCAGCAGGGCUGCACUGCCUCCUAAUGUUGGAUUUCAGUGAGGGGUGGGGGGAUGUAAGGGGAAAAUGAGCUGGAAUCUGGCCUAACCUCAGGAGCACCUUCCCCUGCCCUCUCUGCCAGGGCAUUUUACUGUUUCUUUUCUACUUGUGCACAUUCAGACCAGGGAGGAUGGUUAAUAAAAAGGGACUUGUGCUGCUGA